UUUUCAUCUGAGUUACAAAUACUUAUGCUCGGAAUAUAUUUUAUUUUACUGCAGACGGAGGCCUCUCGUGUGCUAAAUGAAGCUCAGGCGCUUUUCUCUGGACCAGCAGAGGUCGCUCGUCUGAAAGUGGCGCAAGCCGAUCUGGCCCUGGCGAGCGGGGAUCUGGACACUGCUCUGGCACAGUUGCGCUCCAUUCCACCUGGUCACCCUUAUUUUUUAAUGGCCCGACAACAAAUGGCUCGAAUCUAUCUGGAGCAGCGUUACGAACCAAAAUUGUUCAUUGCUUGCUAUCGUGAUAUGGCAGAUAAACUGGGCACCCGAGAAGCUUACGAACUAUUGGGUGAUGCCUAUCUGCGCAUCCAAGAGCCGGAACGGGCCAUUGAAAUUUACGAGAGCCUACUUUGCAGUCCCGGCACAUCCCAGUCUACAGCAACUGCUGCUACUGAGAUGUCAUCUGCACCAAUAAAGCCAAACGGUAGACUUACCCUAAAGCUGGGGAGGGCGCUUGUGCAGGCACAUCUUUAUGAGCGUGCCAUAGCCUAUUACCAAGACGCCUUGCCACGUGACCCUCGGAUAACGACAACAUCAUCCGGAACUAUGGAAACUGUAUUAUCAGCAGAUAAGGCAAUGCCAAAUGCAAAUAGAUUAAAUAGGCCUAGCACAUCAACUACAAUGGUUGCCGGUCCAUUGCUUCAGGAUUUAGCUGAGCUUCUUAUAAAUCUUCGUAAAUAUGAUCUCGCUAAAAGUCUGCUAAUGGAAAGUCUUGAAUUUCUGGAGCCCUCACGUGAGUAA